AUGUCAAGUUGGCGCAUCAAACCUCGUUCACGAGCUGAGCAGGCGGUGUUGUCAAACAUGAGCACACCCAAGUGUUCCCAGUCCAGCCCCAAGGACUGUCUGACCAGCUUCUGCGCCUUCAGACCCUGGCUGAAAGACUCCACAUCUCAGCUGAACAGUCCUAAGACAGGGAUUCAUUGUCCUUCCACAGUGACUCGGGAUGGACCAGACUUAGUUGUUGAUAACGCAUCCGUUUCUAAACGUUCCUCUGCUGCAAACCAGGAGACCCUCCAGCAGGGACUGUUGACGCCUCUGAGCUGUUAUCCCCAACAGCUGUAUUCGCACGCUGCCUUGUUGGCCCCAUCACCAUCACAACUACCUCUGAAUAUUUUUGGCUCGAUGUUUCAGGCCGCCUCCCACCCUAGUCUGCUGUUGGCCACUACCCAGGCGGGCCAGGCGAGCUUCGGGUUCAAGGAGAACAUCUACGGUUACGACAGAGAGACAGAACUGUUGCUGCUCAGCCACGUCCCCGAGAAUCGGUCCCAACAACUGACCCGACCUCCAGCCAACCCAGGACAGCUGGUACUUUCCAGUCUUCAGUAUUGUCAGCAGAAAUUCUUCAAGCAGCGGCAGCAGCAAAUGGAAACUGACAGAGAACAGCACAGUAAACAGCAGCACUGUCGACAGCAACAUCACCUUGUGUCACCAGUACAGCAUCAUCACCAGUCCCAUCUUUACAACAGCUCAUUAGCCGAGAGCCUGUUGCUUCACAGACAGCUAUCCCCAUUGGCUCACGUCACCCAGAAUCUAACUACAGUCAACGCAACAAUUGCAGUAACCAAUCACGACUUUUCUUCAGCGUUGAUCACGCCCCUCUCGCCAUCUUUAUCCAAUCAUGUUUCAAACCUGCCCCCAUCAAGACACGCCCCAUCUAGAGCCAGUCGCAGCUAUGUGGUCAGUCAGAACGCCUACGAUGCCAAAGGCUGUUUCCAGUGUAUCAAAUGCUCAAAACAGUUCAGUACCCCACAUGGCCUGGAAGUUCACGUGAGACGUACUCACGCCGGGCUCCGCCCCUAUGCAUGUCAUGUGUGUGGCAAAACAUUUGGUCACGAAAUCAGCUUGAGCCAGCACAUGGUGGUACACACGCAAGAGAGGUCAUUCCGGAAUCAGCAAGUCUGUGAUAGCAACUGUAUCUCUUGUGUUUCAGGAGAAAAGCCGUACAAGUGCAGCUACUGUAGCAAGUCUUUCAGCCAGUCAUCCAACUUGAUCACACACUGCCGGAAACACACCGGUUUCAAGCCGUUUGAAUGUCAGCAGUGCAGCCGUGCUUUCCAGCGCAAGGUGGAUCUCAGGCGUCAUAGAGAAACGCAACAUGGCGGAGAAUCCCCCACCCACGACCACCAGCGGCUCAGCAGAUCUCCCAGUUCUGCGGCGUCGGAACACGGGAGGCAGGUACCAGUCAGGACAUCGGUGUUUGCAAGCAAGGUCACUUCAUCAGCUUUAGCGCCAAGCUUCCUGGCCUCAGCAGACCCAGGCAGUGAGACGCCUCUGUGCACAGAGUUGGAGUCAACGCCUCAAAGAGUGGCCAUGCCUCAUGCGAUACAUAGACUGACACCCACAGUGGGACACGGUUGCUUGUCUCCUUCACCUCCAUGCAGAAAUGGUACCCGUCAUAGCCCAGACGUCACACCCUACAAGAAGGACUGGGCCACGCCAGGAACACAGACUUCAGACUGGGCCACACCAGGGACACAGACCUCAGACUGGACCUUGUCAUCUAUCAGCCCUGAUUCUGGGGUAGAAUUCAGCAGCACUAGCUUCAAAUGUUUGAAUCUUUCCAGCGAUGUCCACACUGACCAGUCCAUUGACCAGUCCAAUGAACAGCUGCACAGUUGCGACACCGGCUCAUCUCCGCCGUCACACGCUGAUUUGUCCCCCCAUGUAUCAUCUUGUGGGGACAACCCUGCCAAGUGGUUGGUGUCGGAAGGCCAGCGAUCGUCAGCAGAAAUCAACAACAACAGCACCACUAACACCGAUAACUUCAGGCAGUCUUCAGCUAUGAGAUUUAACGGUCGUGUGACAGACAGCAACAUCAUCACAAACGCUGCUGAUCGCUAUUCUGUUUCAGAAGAGUGUCGUGUUCGUAUCAAAGACACAACUUUCCGAGUUAGUGAAGAUGAUAGUGAUUCCGUCUAUAGUCCAGGCUCUCCAGACAUCGAUGUUAUAAGCGACACAGAAGAUGUGCCAGUGUCAAACAAGCUUGAGCAGCAGAGUCUAAGUUAG